CAAAAGCCGACCGAGAUCGAGUUUAGACGCGUUUUUUGGAGAUCUCCGCAUCAAUACCGGUAUCUCCCGUCGUCUGGGGCGGACAACUUCGACCGCCCCAAAUUUGUGUACACAUUCGCGGUUGCAUCAGGAUUCGACAUCCACAUUCGUUUAGUUUUUGACCGGGGACUUUGACCACCGGACGUGGCGUGGUGAACGAUUUGGCUGCGAGUAGAGUGUCCUAAAUAAAUUUCGCCUGAGACACGUCCCCCGUAGGGGACCAUACAUUAGUGGAAGCUUUCGGAAGGUGAAAUUCCUUUUUUCCGGGUGUGUUUUCCUCACGUUGCCUGCAGCUCGAGGGAAAAAUUGGGACCGAGAGUUUUACGUUCAAUUACGGUGGUUUAGCUUCACUAACUCGCUGAGAAUUUAUUGCCUCUAUCCCCCGUCGCAGCCAUCAUCCGGUUUGUUGGUCAGGACUUUGGAUAGUGUAUCGAAACCGCCUGGCUGGCUGUGUGUAGAGUAAUGUGAUAAAAUUCGAUGAAAUUGUACCCUCUCUGGUGGCCUUGAGUUACCAUCCCCAACGAAAGCGGAGCUCGCAAUCCACUAGAAGGGGGCGUGUGUGUUUUAUUUGCCUCACUUUUUCAUCUCACUCUCUUUCUCUUCCGUUCCCGGACCUGUUCGUGAUGGUGCAUUUCACAUUUUCCGGAUCAUCGAAAAAAGCAUGCCACUGAUGCAGUGUCUCUUUUUGGACGAAACGUUUUUAUUUUCGGCCAUUAGUUUAGAUUAGUGAGUAAAUCAGUGGAAGUUUUUCGCGGACAAACUACGGGGAGCUACAGAAAGCGACCAGAUAGCCAGGUGAAUCGGCUCCUUUGUGUAUCGGAUUGAAGAUUUAUGGAUGUUUACAUUGUUAACUUACCUCCUCGCGGACAUUUCCCACCCUCCGAAUCGGCAUUUAGCGAGGGCGAAACUAAAUCAACUGAAUGGAGCUUCCAACUAUCCUGGGAGCAAGGGAAAAAAACAUAAUGGAGAAUAGUUUCAACGCGAGCUCUCGGGACACUCGAAACGAAAAAGUGCAUCCAAUUACUAUCGCGUGAGAAAAAGGGGAAGGCACUCGGUGGAGUAUCCUAAAUUAACACAUGAAAGAAGCAUCCCUCUAAGCGAAAUCAAAACAAGGCGAAAAAAAGAAAACACGGCAAAAAGUCGGUCGAACGUGAACCGUGGGAAGUAAUUUUCAUUUAGACGAAAAUCGGAAAGGGUGGAUACAAAUUGUGCAAGUUCUGAUAAACCUUCGGUGGAAAAGGGAGUUAACCGACGAAGGCAGCGGAAUGUAAAAGUUAAUACAUUGCAUCUUUUUGUGGUUUCAACUGCGUGCGGCCAGUUUUUGCCUCUCGUAUAGCUCGGUGGGAAAGGGUAUUUUAAGUGUGCGAAAAGUUUAUUUCCGCUUUUUAUUGCUUCAUUAUUCGGUGAGACGGUUGGUGUCGGCAGUGAAAGAGUUGGCAGUGUGCGAAGAAAAGCAGUGCGCUGGUAGGAAGUGAAAGUUUUGUGGUCAGGCUAUACCUUCGGGUCGCUCGCUUACUGCUGCCUCCCACAAUUGACGUUGUGAGAGAGAGUGAAUAGUAAAAAAGGAUAAUUAAUGCGUUUCGCAAAGAUAAACGAGUGGAAGCAACGUUUGGACUUGCUGGAAGUUGUAUCGGUAUUAGUCGAAAGGAAGUUUCCCGUAGAUAUGCUGGAUUGAAAAGAGUCGAUCAACAGCAUCCAGACUGCAAUCAUCAAUUCGAUGACAAUCUCCGCGGAACGAGCCACGUACGAUUAACGAUUCCGUUCGCACUGCUAUCAUAUGGAAGUUCCGCAGCACAAGCGGUCCUGAACGCAAAGAUACGAGAUAAUCUUCAAGAGCACAGAGCCAACCGAAAAUUCUGGUCGUGCUUUUGAUUCAUCACCUGUCAAAACUGUGGAAGCACUAGUGGAGAAGCGGUGGAAGGUAUGAUGUUAUGAUAUGAGCCGGCAAAUCCGAGACGCGCAUCCGCAGAUCCGAGGAUGAAGUUGAAUUGUGUGCGGAAGUGAAUGUUCUCCAUAUGAAGGUGUUUUUCCCAAGCGUUGAGCAAUGAAUCUCUAAGCUAUCCUUGUGUGAAAUUAUAUCCUCGAAGUGUGUUUUUUUUGUCUACUUUUGGAAUGUACUCUGCACGUAGCGCGAGCAAAAUGAGAACGAAGUGAGGAAAGUGCAGCAGAAGAAAUUAAUAAUAAAUUAUAUUUCAUCCCCAUCCGCACAGUCAGCACCUACUGUUGCUCAUAUAGUUUACGUAAUGCUCUUACCAAGAGCUGCAGCUUCGUAGUUUUUUCCCCUCCGUGGUGGCGUGUUUUAUUAAAGUGCAAAUUACCAGCAAAGAAGUUGGAUUAGACCGGAAUAUGCUUGCACUCAAGCUAUCUCUCUCUUCGGCUGAUUGGCCAUGAAAAAUGAGUGAAAAUUAGCGAAAGUCGUAGGAAGUGUGAAGUGCGAAGAAGUGCAGUGAAGUUAGCUCAGGCCAACCGAACAGCAGCAGCAACGAACAUGAAGCGCAAAGUUACGAUCGUUUACCCCCCGGUGAGCAUGUCUCAUCGGUCCGGAAGCCGAUGGGAGGCCACCACCAACGGAUACGGUAGUCAAAACUAUACGCCCACAUCAACAUCAUCGUCAUCGUCAUGCUCAUCAUAUUCAUCUACGUCGAGUGCCUCGGAGAAACACACCCUCGCAGAAGAUGCUCUGAACAACAACAGCAGCAACAGUAUUAGCAACAGUAUUAAUCAUGCCGGAUGGUGCAACGGUGCAGUCCCUAGCCUAAAUAACAGCAAUCAGCAUGAUUCAGAAAAGUGCAAUUUUAACAAAAAUAGCUCAAAUCAUCUUUCCGGAUGCGGCAGUGGUGGCUUGACCAUUCCCUCCAGCAGUAGUACUAACGGUAGCGGUAGUGGAAUUAGCAAUAGUGGUAGGAAAUGCCGCAUCGGAAGGAGGGACGAAGAAGAGGUCGACUGGCGGGUGUAUUUAUUCGUUGGGCUGAUUGCCGUGCUGUGCUAUCUGAACGGUGUCCAGGGCGACUUUGUGCACGACGACAUUCCGGCAAUUACGGUGAACAAGGACGUGCUCGGAUACAGCCCGAUCUCGCAGGUGUUCCGGAACGACUUCUGGGGUACGCCGAUGGCUGACCUCAGCAGCCAUAAAUCAUACCGACCGCUGACGACGCUGACGUUCCGAUUAAAUUAUAUAACAUUUGGCCUUCGUUCGCUAUGGUUUCAUGCUACCAACGUGGUGCUACAUGCGGCCGCCUGUGUCCUAUUCACCCGGGUCUGCACGACAAUCGCCGGACUACGGAAGAAUUUUGCUGUAUUCGCCGGGGUAUUAUUCGCCGUACAUCCGAUCCACACGGAAGCGGUGACGGGCAUCGUGGGACGAGCAGAUGUGUUGGCGUGUAUAUUUUUUCUAAUCUCACUCCUGGCGUAUCACGGAAAAGGGGAGGAACCGGAUAGCGGCUCACUCUGGCUGAGCAUCGUCCUCGGAGGGCUGAGCAUGCUGGCGAAGGAAACCGGUAUCACGGUCUUUCUGCUCAAUGUGGCCUGCGACGUGUACCGCAAUUGGUCUUCGCUUAAAAGAACCAUUUUGGACGUGAAGUGGAGCGAAGAAACGCACCAGUUUGGCCGUCGCGUGUCGCGUGUCCUGCUUUCGAUGGGCGUUCUGUUAGCGUUCCGAUUAGCCCUGCUGCAAGGGUCUCUGCCAAAGUUUUCCCAACAGGACAAUCCCACGGCGUUUCAUCCGAACCUCUACGUCAGAUUGCUGACGUUCUGUUAUCUGGCCGCCUUCAAUUGGUGGCUGCUGUUGUGUCCUUCGACGUUGAGCCACGACUGGCAGAUGGGAUCGAUACCGCUGGUCACAUCAAUAAGUGAUCCCCGAAAUUUACUCACGUUUAUUGCGUUCUCCGCAGCGUUGUUGUUUGUCUAUCGUGGAAUGCUGGAUUUCGAGCAUCAACGUCACGUUCCGAACGUAUUAGGGUUCCUGUUAUUAGUUCUACCAUUCCUGCCGGCCACAAAUCUAGUUGUAACUGUUGGUUUUGUCGUUGCGGAGCGAGUGCUGUACAUUCCGAGUAUGGGCAGCGUGAUUCUGGUCGUAUACGGUGCCCAACUGUUGUGGGAGCGUGCACCAAACAUCCGGAAGCCGAUGCUCGCGCUGGGCAUUCUACUGAUUGCCGCCGGCUGUUUGAAAACACUCUCGCGCAACCUGGACUGGAGCUCACGGGAAGCCUUGCUCAGGUCCGGGCUGAAAGCGUUGCCACACAACGCCAAGAUGCAUUACAAUUUCGGUAAUUUUCUGCGCGAUUCAUCCCAGCCGGAGCAAGCCGUUGCGCACUACCGUGAAGCCCUGCGACUGUGGCCAACGUAUGCCAGCGUGCACAACAACAUCGGGACGUUGAUGAGCGAAUUCGAGACCGCCGAAUAUCACUUCCUGGAGGCCAUCAAAUACUCAUCCGAGCACAUAAACGCGCACUACAACCUCGGCCAGAUGUACCGCAAGUUCAAUCGGACGGCGGAUGCAGCCCGGAUGCUCGAGCGAUGUAUCGAACUAGAGCCGCUGUACAAUGCGGCUUAUCUGGAAUUAGCGAAAUUAUACCGCGGCGUGAAGGCCGGGCAGCUGCUGCGAGGAGUGGUCCUGGCAAAUCCGUACGAUGUUGACCUGCGCCGACAAUACGGGGACUGGCUGGCGGAACGAAAUUUCAUACACCAAGCGAUUAAACAGUACCAGGAAGGUCUUAAAAUAAUGGGAACACAUCAAUUAUCGGUAAUCGGAGCCUGUCGGGCAUUGCGGAAGUUGGGGCAGACGUCACGCCUCCACCAGCUGAUACUAAGAUGGCAAUUUAUGGUACACUUAUCGAAUGGCGGCAUUCCGAUACAGACCGAAAUCUAUCUUCGUGAUUGGAGCAUAAAGCACGAACUGAGAAACCGGGCUAUGAUAUACGACACUGGUAGCAGCAGCAGCAGCAGCAUCACUAGUUCAAGCACUAGUUCCGGUAAUCCCAUCCCAGAAUCCAAUAGAGAGAUUAGUAGUUGCCCCUCGGAAGGGAGCAUCCACAGUGCCUCCGUCGGGAGGAAUUGUCACGAAAUCUGUGGCGGCGCGAUCGAUGCAACCCUUCGAGGCAAGCCGGUGGCCUCGGAACUGGAUACGGAGGUUAGCAUACGAAUCUUGCGAACGCCACACUGCAACCGCUCUGACCAUGUGCCGGGUUUGGUGAAACACUGCAAGAUUAGUUCCAGCACCAGCCGAUCGAAAUCGUCCCGAGGAGACAGCAAACCCUCCCCCGGUAGUAAACAUAAAAAGUGGUCCAAGGCACGCCACAAACACAAGAGACCCUCCCAGGAGCUGGAAUCGGCAUCGGAGGGAGCGCUGGCUCCACUGCUGGUGUCCAACCUGUUGGAUAAACUUUAACCGAGAGUGAACACACAACCCAACACGAUAACGAUUUCCUGCUGUCAGAUCGCUAUUGAACCCGACAGCAGUUGUGAAUAGUUUUGAUAGCGGUAAGAGCAUGUUUGGUUGAUUUAUAAUAUAAGUAUCGCGCAAGUGAUUGAAAGCAAUCUUUUCGCGAUAAAGAACGUGCGCAACUGACAGGCUACGAUGUAAGUAUUAAUCGACUUAGCUCUAAGAAACUGAUUGAAAUAAUUGUAUGGGUUCGGAUUGAUAGAAAAAGGGAUUUUUUCUGAGAUGAUCCUUUGUGUGAGGAAAUUAUGCGUUCGAACUGCCAGAAAAGAAGGAUAGUUUAACAAAUUUAUAAUAUUACUAUUGUGUAUUGGGUGUGACCUGUAUUCCAUUCAUUCCGAAGCUUCCUACGUGGAAAUCAUACUCAUAAAAACGAAAUUUAUUCUACAUGAGAAAUGACAAAGUAAAGGUAUGGUCGAAUAUAGCAGAAUAAUAUUCUGUUAAGACUUUUGAGUCCUUAAAUUUAAUUUACUUGGAAUCCAUUUUUUGGUACUAUAUACAACAACAGUGUAGCCAUUUUUCUAAUAUUUUUUUAUGUCGAACAUGUUUUGGAAAUGGGUAAUUUUGAAACUGAAAAUGUUUUAAACUACAAUAGUUUGUUGUUCAUUUUAUUCGGAUACAAAAACAAAUAAAUAGCACAAAUAAGUGCUAUUCUUAUUUUUUUUUCCAUCGGGCAAUUAUUUAUUGCAACAUUUCAAUAAAAAUGCCAAAUGGCUUUUACUAUUUGAAAAAUACAUUCUUUGGCGAGAAAAAAAUUGAAGAAAAAUCGAAGAAUAUUUUUUCUAGAAUUUAGUAUAUACGGUUUGUACGCUCAAUUUUAUCUUUUUCUUUCUUGUUUUCAUUUUAAAUUUGAACACUGGAACUGGUUAUGCCGUUAUAUAAAUGAUCAUAUUUUAUUUAUUCGAAAUUGCCUUCAAAAUACUGGAAAAUUAUUCGAUUAGAGCAGACAACGUCAAUUUGCUUUGAACUGAUUCUCAUUUUCAACUAUUUCCUGAGUUAUCUAAAGGGUUGCGUAACUAUUUUUUUUUUUUUAGAUAUAGUUUAUUUAUUAGCAGUAUUUACAUCACAGAUUUUUUUACAUGAUUAGUUAUUUAAACUCAAAUAGAAUUCCAGUUCGUUGACAUCAAUUUCAUGAUUAUUAUGAAUAUAAUUUGUGUAUUUGAUAAAAAGCGUUAAAAUUUCAUUUUUUUGUUCUGGUGCUACGUUGCCUAGUACCGGCCGCAUGAGUUCAUCAAACGUUAGUCUCUGCCACCCGUUAAGUGCUGUUGUGAGCUUUUGUUGCAUGCGCCACCAUGCUCCCAUUACUCUGGGACACUCAGAAAAUUUAUGCUUUAUCGUCUCGAUUUGCGUCCGGCAAUGCUGACAAUAUGGGUCGUUAGCUCACCCGAUGAUGUUCAUUAAUCUUCGAUUUUCUGUUUUCUCAUUCACUAGAAGAUAAAGGUGACUACGCUCGACGUUAGACUUUUUGUAGAGAUAUUUAUCCAGAUUCGUUUCCAAUUUAAACCCGGUUGGUUUCGUUCAACUCUUGGCCGCUCAGUCUGUUCCAAAUAAUAAUCGUGUAUUUGAUCGCUUGUGGGAUUUUGUGUUAUAUGGUGCGGCAACAAAGGUAUUUGUUGAUACAGAAUUUUCAGACACGGAAUUUCGACAGAAGGAGUGUGAUUUAGAAGCAGAGAGGAUUGGUAAAAUGGAAUAGAAUCCAUCUCUUUCAGGUGACGAUUAAUAAGUAGCGCUUUGCUUUUUAUCGCCGGUAGUUGCAGCUCAAGUCCGCCUUGCUCCCUCUUCCGCGCAAGUUGCUGCAUUGGAAUCCGUGCUGGUAAGCCACGAAACAGGAAUCUUCCCAUCAUCGCAGUCAGUUUAGCAGUGUGUAUGUUUUGUGGUGGUAUUAUGGAUGCAACGUACCACGCUUUCGAUGUAAUAAAUGUAUUCAACAGUAUUACCUUCUGUUGCAGGUUCAAAGAUCGCAUACUAUGCAACCACAUAAUUUGCGCGAUUCUGGACAAUAAUUUGUCCCAGUUAAGCUUUGCCAUCGAACGCACUGAGUUGGUAAAGAUAAUACCCAGUACCUUCACAUUUUCCACCGUCUGCAGCCCUGGUAUCGUCAUUGGCUCUCCAUUAAUAAACCCGACGUCGAUAGCCACAGUUUUUUGCCGGUUAAGUUUUGCCCCGGCCACAAGCUCGAAUUCGCCGAACACCCAAAAAAUACGAUCGAUUGUUGUUGUUGAUGUUAUAAUCGCCGUAAUAUCAUCGGCGUACGCAACGCAAAUAUCUCCACCACAUAUGCGCUCCAACCGUGUAAGUAGUGGAUGUAGGUAAAUCACGAACAGGAGCAUCGACAACGGAUCUCCCUGUCGAACAGACCGUUCUAUCCGAAUCGGUUGUGACAGGCGCCAAUUCAAUAGUAGCCGUGACGAAGAGGAAUCUUCUACCCUAGAGAUCCAGCUGACGAAGCUCGGAUUAAUCCCCAGAGAAAGUAGGGUUCGAUGCAAGAACUCGUGAGAGACCCGAUCGAAAGCAUGGUCCAAGUCGAAAGAGAUCAUCUUUCCCUUCUGUUUAUUCGCAAUCAAGUGGGCCAUCCGAUCUUUCAGCGAGAGAGAAGCUUCAAAAAUUGACCGAUCGGCGUUUGCACAUUUCUGCGCAUCACUCAACACAUGGUGAGUUCGGAUUAACAUCUCUAGACGGAAUUUCAUUACUCUACUCAGAAUUCGGUAGUCUACGUUGAGAAGGCUAAUUGGUCGGUACGCUCGUGCUGUACCAUCGCCACUUCUCUUUUUCACCAGCACGAUAAUGCCAUCGGUGAACCCUACGGGGAGUUCUUCUGUUCUCGCUUCAUUGAUUUGCAAUAAAGUUCUCUGUAUAUGACGUCAAACGUUCGUUGGUAGAACUCUAUCGGCAGCCCAUCGGCACCCGGCGAUUUACGCUUCUGCGAGGUUCGGAUGGCGUGCUCGAUCUCACUGAUUGUGAUCUCGUCCAUCAUUGCUGCAUUAGUCUCAUCGUUCUCGGUUACUACUCUCUCGCACUCGAAAUUUUCUUCUGGAGCUUGCCUCGCCUCUCCCAUCGCAUACAGGUCCGCCAGAUACUGAACCAUAUGUCGUUCGAUUUCGUCGGAUCCUCGGAUAUGUUCUCCUCGCUCAUUCUGCAGCUCUGUUACAACUGACCUUUUCCGUCGUCUAUCACCUAGUUGGAAUGUGGACAGAUAUUCCCCCGCUACGAGCGUCUCGUUUUUUUUUUUAUCUUCGCUUAUUUUUCGUCGGCCUAUUUCCGCCACUUUAGUGCCAAUCACCGACAUCAGGGAGGCGACUCCACCUGUUCCUACCUAUCAGACUCAACAACUCAUGAGCCGGGCCAACUUCUUUUACUUCCGCUCCGAAGGAAGACGUAACCAGAGAUUUUUCGCCUCAGAAAAUCCCAACGACGCCAGCUGGGAUUGAACCCAGGCCGAUCGGAUUGUGAGGCUGUUACGCUAACCAUACAACCACUGGCGCCGUCUAGCGUCUCGUUGAUACGAAUAAAAUUUUGCGCGAACUUCCGCUGCAGCGAUAGCAUUUGUGCUUUAACGCGAUUGAUUGUCACCAGCAUCGCGGGAUUUUGAUAGUAUCCAUCAUAAGCCGUUCGUAAUUGUGCAUAGAGUCUUUGAUAUUCGGCGUUGAAAAUACUAAAUAUUUCCCUCGACUUCCACCGAAAAAAAGAUUUAAUUUUUGGUUUUGCGAAUAAUAACCACCAUGUUAUCCAGUUGGGAAAGUUUCUCCGUUGUCGGGUCCAAAAUUGCCACCGGAUUUGAAAUUCUCGUAUAUUUUCAUUAGUGAGAAGAUGGGGACGCAUGGACCAGAACCCGCGUCUUUGUUCGCGCCCGAGAUUAGGAAGACAAAUUCGUGCUGUUAGCGCUUUAUGGUCUGUGAAAGAACAUACGUGUGUUGCGGCGUUGCGAAUAUGCUCGCAUAGCCCUGUGCUCACAUAUAUCCGGUCGAGCCUGGAUGCCGCAUUGUGUGUAAUGUAGGUAGAUGCUUGGGUCGUAGGGUACAGCUUCACCCACAAGUCAUGAAGCUGCAGUUGCUGUAUGGUGGCUUGCAGUGCCGGACUCGAAUUAACACUCGUUGAGUCGCUGGUACGCAGUACACAGUUAAAGUCCCCAGCGAGAAUAACGUGUGGUGUGGUGUGACGGAGAUAGAAUGCAAGUGUACCGUUGAAAAACGUUCUCUCUCGGCACGUAAAGCUGUACCCGAAGGUGCGUAGACAUUGCAGAGAGUUGUGUUCUGUACUCGGAGGGCGAUGAGACGCCCAUCCAGGCUCUUUUCGACGUCCGAGAAUGAGAUAUGAUCCUUUAGCGCUAUUGCCGUGCUACGUCUUGCGUGAUCUACGUUGCAGACGACGUUAAAAUUCGGGAGGGACAGUUGCUCAUUUUCUACCUCCUGAAGGAACACGAUAUCAAGUUCCAGCGUUUGUACAAAAGUCCGAAGAGCGGCUAUCUUCGUUGCGUUCGUUAUCGUGUUUAUAUUGAUAGAGGCAAUAUUAUAAGUUGAGAAUUCAGCCAUUAGGACAGUGACUUAUAUCCUUCGCGCUUGUCGUCUGCAUCCUCCACUCGAUGCUUCUUGCUUGGUGGGCGAUCGCGUAGCUGUCUCUUAGAACGAGUUGAGCCCAUCGAGGAAUCCGUAUCGUUCCCAUCGAACUUGCUGCUGGCAGUCUUGCGAACCACUUCACUGUUAGCAGGGGGUAUUUGACCUGCUGUAUCGGUCAACGACCCACAGCCCGAUGUUUUGGUCGAACCCGAGGUGGAGGGUAAUACCGGAAAGUUUUGUUCCGUGCGAUUCGGUGGUGGUAACCGCUGGUGUUGAGAAUCGUUUUUCGGAGGCAGCAUGCUUGCCGACUGAGAAGAGUUCGAGAUUGUUUUUUCCGCUCUGGGAGCGAGUUGAGUUGGGUUUUUGUUUGCGGGGUUCGCUUUUUUUUGCGGUAUCGGUGCUGUACCCAUCUGCUUUGCAGCAUCGGCGUAGGACUUCUGCACGAGUAGCUUUUUGUUUUGGACACAAGUAACUCCGAUGUGGAUAUAUUCUCGGCAGUGCCGACAAGUUUGUCGUUGUCCAAAGUACGACACCUGCGUCAUCUCGCCGUCGAUGGUAAUCCACGACUCGAUGUUUUGUUUAAUGACCAUUUUGACUAUCUUGAUACCGGUCGGCGUGCCGGCAAAGAAAACAUCGGCCCCGUUUAGCUGCUCCCGAAUGGAGAUAACGUCACCAUAUCUUGAGAGAAGCUCGGCGAUUUUUUUGUCCGAUACGUCCUCGGAUAAGUCGUAGAGCUUCACUUCCACAGCUCCCUCUUCUAGCGUGAUCCUCAAGGGGUAUUUUUUUCCGUCGACUUCGAUCUCGUGUUUGUUGUUAUGUUCUUCACAAUUUUUUUGCGCUAACGCUAGGUCGGUGACUUUGACAAAAGUAACACCGAGGGUUCUGCUGUUCUGGAUACGAAGCACAUCACACUGCUUCACACCCAGAAUGGUUGCACAAAAGUUGUGGAUUUUUCCAUUUUCCAGCUUCUUCGGCACAUUCGAAAAAUCAAUUCGAAACGUGUUUUCUCGGCGGCCCAUCGCGAAGUCGUUUGGACGCGCAGCGUCACGGAGCGGCUCGGCGAUGAGCAGGAUUCGUAGAUAACAAAGAUACUUGUAUUAUUAGCUCGUGUUUGACUUCCACAGAACGAUGACAAAAACGCGUCUGUUCGGCACGGAAGUUGUACGCUCACUAUUGCCCAAUGGUUUGUAGCUUGGAAACCUUGGUUAUUUGACUUGGUAACCUUUUGCUCGCUACUUUGCCCAGCUAGCUCACCAGUUCUUCUCUCAGGGUCGGCUUCCGAUCUCGGGAGAACUCACACAAAGACGCAAUUUUCCGAUAGAAACCAUUAAACACCACCGAAGCAGGAAGGACUGAUCCAAUGAAGAAACAAACUGAAUUUAAUGAAGAUACUUUUUUUUAUUCUUAUAUUCGGUUAGUAAGCCCAAUGUGCUUUUCCGUCACUGGUCGUUGGGAAGGGGAGAGAGGAGUAUCGUACCUUAUUGCUCGGUGAUAACCGAUCAAAAUCUUGGUUCCGGUACGUCCAGUGCUUGUCCUGGCAGUUCUGCACUCGGUCCAGGUGUCUCGCGUUGUCUUGGCGUAGAAUUAAUUCCCUAAUGGCAGGAUUUGGGUCGCCUCAUGAAGGCUAUCCUGGUGGCUUGCACACUUUCUAGGCCGUUAACAGCAGGUCCAGAAUCAGUGUGGCCAGAGAUGCUAUUCCGAGGACACACCUGAGGGCAGCGGAGUGUGUACCGGAGUGUUCCGAAAGUACAAGAAUCUCAGCGACUGCCUUCUCUAUCGUAUUCCUUUUCACCACACCAUUAUUCACUUCAUAUAACUUUUCUCAAACUUUUCCGUCUAAUUCGAUCUCUAUCUCUGGCAUUAGUGGCCGAGUCAAUCCUUUCUGCUUUCCUUGAAACCUCUUUCUUUCCCCUUUCCGUCCUUUUCCUCCUCCCCCUUUCCAUUUCUUUUAUCGUUCCGGUUUCCGCCAGGGACACCAGAGACAGUGACAGUAACAGCUUGGCGAGAUUUAUAAUUCUCAUUCAGGCGUUACCCCGUCAUUGUGGCACAGUGGGCAUUCCAUAGUGGGAGUUAGCAAUACAAUUUCAUUUUUCAAUACAAUCAAUUUAAUUCUAACAACAAAAAUAAUAAAGAACAGUCCAAAAAAAACCAAAUUUUAUACAAAAAAACAAACUCUACUGCGGUGACACCUAACUGUUCCGUAUUUCGACGGUAACAAGAUGUAAGAAAUGAUAUUUCCAAGCACCUUUUCAGAAUGUUUGAUGAUUAGGGGCGAUCUAAAUGAUUUAAGGAUUAAUCUAACAACCGUUUUCAUAUACAACACUUAUUUCGAUGUUUAUUUCUUAGAAAUGUGCAAACCAGCCCAUCAUGAUGAACAGCUCAGAUCAGCUCAGCUCAUCUAAAAGAGCUGUUCUUUAUGAACAGCUAUUCAGCUCAGUUGUCAGUGUCGACUUCGGAGGUGAUUUCCGAUUUUGGUCGCAAACUCGAUAGUGAAAUAUCUAUCAGAUUAGAAGACACGAAGCCAGUUUUAAAAUGUUAAAAUUUCAAUGGGAUUUUUCACACCAUGUUAUUAAAUUAUUUGAAACACGUAUUCCUGACUUUUAAUUAACCAUUUGUCCAAACAUUUCCGACAUUUUUACUGAGACGUUUCAUUAUAAUAUACAGUUGUUUUCAAAAACAAUUUUCUUGACGUAGCCUCACAGGAAAUAGUCUAACGGCGUCAAAUCGCACGAUUGAUGAAUUGUUAAAUUCGCUGCGUGGCUCGUGGCGUCCAACAUAUCGUCCAAGUCUAUAUCAUCCAAUUCGGGCCAAAAAUAUUUGGUUAUCAUUGAGCGGUAGUAAAGCCCCAGUCUUGAUCAUCACGGAAGAAGAGCGGCCCAAUGACGCCGUCGAACCAUAAACCGCACCAAACCGUAUUUUUUUCGGGAUGCAAUGGUGACUUACGGAGUACGUGUGGAUUGCUGCCUGACCAAUAACGCAUAUUUCGCUUAUUGACGAAGCCAUUCAGCCAGAAAUGAGCCUCAUCGCCGAGAAUGAUUUUUCGAUGAAAUCUUUCCAUUAUGAAUUGGCAAACAUUGCUGAGGAGAAAUUUCAAGAGAGCGGGAAAAAAUAUGACGUCGUUUGCUGUCCCUAUCGGUCUUGCAUAUAUCGCAUAGCAAAUAUAUGCAAGCUGCGAGUACUUUUGUACUCGCUUGUCUUUGUGAAAACCAGAAUAUGUUUCCCUAAAACGUACUUCUAAACUGACAAGCCUGAGAAAAUCGUCAUGUCAGAUAAUAGAGGUGAAUUAAUUUCAGAUGGAAACGUAAAAUACAAUGAUCGUUUGACAAUCCUCCCGUUCGCAUAUUUUGGUAGUCCUUGGCAUCAUAUCAAACGUAAAAAGACGGUCAUCAAAGUUACUAGUAAGGAAGAACAUAAUCUAUUAUAAUGCAUGAAUUGAUUUUACAUGGCAACUGUUCAAACUUUUUACAUCUACAGCCAUUCCAUGAGUGUGGUCCAAAAAACCAUUUUAUCGCAUUUUUGCCAAAAUUGACUUUUUUCAAAAAUUCAUAGCUUUUGAACUACUAGACCGAUUCAGAAGAUCAACAUAUCAAAUUAAAGCUAAUUAUCUGGUCUUUUUUGAAAAAAAAUACUUUACCUGCAGAAAAUUCGAAUUCUGCUCUCGUUAUUAUUGAUUGUAUUCGUUUUUAUUGUUUUCGUAGUCUCGGGACCAAAAGCGCUAUAUUUUUUAUAUUUUUUCUGGAAAGCUGAGGAUUUUCACACAACAUAUCUCGGAACUAGGCAAGGGUUUUUUUUCGUUAUUAAGUUAUGAUUUUUCAAAGUUAGCCGAUGGUCCAAAAAAUCAUUUUUUGCCAUUUUUUCCACUACAAAAAAUGAUAACUUCUGAUCUACUGUAGAACUUUCCUUCACGAACCCAUGAUAAAGAUCUGCUAUGAGCAGGCGUGCAGCGUUAUACAGGGUUGUGUGAACAUUCUAUUUGAGUACUUGAAAUACAGCAGAGGAUAGAAAAUUCAUGGUAAUUUUAGAUAAUAUGGUUGUCGCCAGAUUUGUGCUCAGAAUUAAUAGGAGCCAUAUUUCACACUUAAGGAAACGAGCGUUCGCUCAAGGAUUAUGGCUUAAGGGGUCUUCAGAUGUUCAGCACAUUCCUCCUACAAGGCAACGAUUCAUUCCUGCACCUUUGGAUGCGUCAAAAUUCUUCAGGACUGACAUCAUUCAGCGUGGUAAUCAAUGGUGAUACACUUUCUUUAAGAGAUGGAAUGCUGUUGAACUGUACAGUAUUCGAAUCUGAUGAAUCACCGUUAUACACGCUUUGGAAAAAAUGCACGAAAAAAUGAGAAAAUCGUUGUGCGUGAAGAAUUUUGUUCACCGUUUAAAACACGUUAUCGAAAAAAUAGGUGGUCUCAUCGAAAAUGUCCUAAAAUAAGCUUUAUUUUCGUUUUCUUUUUUUUAAUAAAAAUCGGUUUACUUUUGUAGAAGUUAUUAAUUUUUGUUUAUUAACUCUUUAGUAAAAAGUUCCGGAGGCCCAGAAAAGAUUUAAUGGCUUGCGUGUUUUUUUAGAAUCAUUUCGAAAAGCAACGAUUUUUUACUUGCCUUUGCGAGAACAAUACACUAAUUGGUCAUAUGCCGCAAUUUGCUUCUUCAUAUCAACGCACGCAUUGUACUGAGUAUUUAACGAGAGCCAUCUUCCGUGCAUCGCCAUUCAACAAGCAUCAAACACGCGACUAACAUAUGCACACAGUUGCAGUGAUAAACUUCAAGUGAAAUAUUCGCUAGCGUUCAGAAACAAAAAAUACAAAACGAGUAGAAUAAGCGACCUUUGUUGUUUCGGGCACCGAAAGAUUGUGAUAAAUUUCCUCAGAGGAGAUGCAAUACUUAUACGCUAGCGACAGCUUACUUACUUCGCAAAUAUUCUCUUUUCGCUAUCCCCCUUCGUUGUUUCUAUUCUUCUUUUUCACCUUCUUUUCCUUUGUUUACGGAUACUUUAAAUCCAACGAUUCAUUCAUCUCCGACUAUUUCUAUUCUAGCGGCUGCAUAAGUUGCUCGUUAUUGACAGCACUGUUCGAGAAAGCACACAAAUGGACACAACAAAUGUAUGGGGAAAUGAGAAUGCUUUCAAUUUUCAUCAAUUAAACCAUAUACAGACUAUGGGGUUAUAAUGUACUAGCUGACCCGGCAAACUUCGUCCCGCCCAAAAUAGUUUUUUGUUAUCAAUACCUUGGAGAGUCUAUGAUGGUUCAUAGAAUCAUUUAUUGCACCCUUAAAUCUCCAUAUGCCAAAUUUCGUUUCAUUUGCUUGAAUAAUUCUCGAGUAAUGCAGAAAUUCCGGUUUCAUUUGUAUGGCAGCAUAUUGCUUCGAAGUUACCAAACUACCAAAACAUGUUCGACAUCGAAUAAGGUAUGAUCGACUAAUCAGUAGAUAACGAGCGAAAAAUUUAGAGAAACUGUUUUCCUUUUCAUAAAUCAUAUUUUCAACGUACGAAAAAUUCAAGCAAAGAAAAAAUAUGUUGUAUUGUAUAGUGUCAGUUGUACAUUCCAUACAAGUGUAUGGUUGCUUGAAUUAAAGUUCAUACUUUCAUAUUCGGAUAAUACUUAAUACUUCGUAGAAAAUGUGUUCGUGAGACACUGUCAAGCUGAUUCCAAUACACAGGCACACUAGACUGUUUUCUGAAACUGAACUCUCUAUCUUUAGUCUUUGUACCGUGCUAUUGGAAGAGACGGACGAUUCCCAUCUAAAGGCUAAUAAAAAAGUCUAUUCUAUGAUUGGUAAUGAAUAACAAAGCAGUUGACAAAUAAUGCAAUGAUACAAAGUUGUUAUCCCGCGCGAGUGGAGGGUUCAGUUCUGUAACUCCUGUUUCUUAAUAACAACAAAAACAAAAACAAUGCAUUUUAGCUCAUUUUUGAAACACGCAAUCAAUCAUGAAUAAAAAGAAUAUGAAUUUAUUAUGAAAUAAAAGCAAUACAAAGGAUCAUCUCAUAAAGUGUUAGACGUGUUUUACACCCCCUGGAGAAGGAUAGCCCGAUAUACAAACAAACAAAACAGAAAAAAAGAACACUCAAUCGAUAAUAAGUAAGAUACAUUUGAAUAAGGCAACUACGUUUACAACUCAACAAACAUAUAGCAUAUAGUUUCCAGGUGGGUAAGUGGAGCAGUGGAUGUGAACACCUCACAACACGACCCAUAUAGCAUACAGUCGAGAGUGAGAAAAUAAGCCCAAAGUAAGGAGCAAGUAAAAAUAACCCAAUCCUAAUGCGGAAAUCGACGUUUGAAGCAGUGAAAGAAAAGCUCGAGUCGUGAACGAACGAUUCGAAGUCAUUUAUUUUUGUAACCACGUGCUGAGGGCGCCAGUAUUACUUAGGAAUAAAUAUGUAUAUGCAAAAUAAAUUAUUGCAACACAUAGCUCACGCUUGGUCGUUCGUAUAGGCGCAAGAAUUGCCAAGUGAUAACUCAAAAAGGAACGAACAACACGACGGAUAAUAUGGGGGUGGGUGGAGAAUAAAACAAAUACAGAACAAAACUAAGACUGUGAGUAUAUAUAGACAUUUAAACGAGUAAGAUUGUAUUAAUAAUCCGUAUGAUUGCGCAAAAUAGACUUACUCCUUAGUAUUACUUUCCGGGUCCCAUUGUUCUGCGUUAAUAUUUAUGUAAGGGAGAAAGCAACCGAUUUUCAUGACAAAUUGAGUUACAUGGUAUUAGCAAGUGUGAGCGCUAGAAAGGAUCAUUUGGCAAAGAACAAGCUAAUAACAACAGGAACCACUUUUCGGCUGCAGGAAAAUACGGCGGGGAUGGUAAAUGGGAGCACGCGCUUUAUUAUGGUUGACCAUAAAAGCCGAGCAAAUAGCAACAUAAGGCAACGAUUUACGAGGUAAUUAUGUUAAGCCUAAACGGUGGAUUCCACAUCUUUUCAACGGAGAAGAUUGUUCGGAAGUAAUCGGGAUCCUUAGCGGGCAGAUGAGAUUGGGCUGACCGAGUGAUGGCUGAUAAAUUGUAACGUGGAAAAGGGGGGUGGGAAAAUUGCCUACUCAUUGGGCCCAACGACUUAUGAUGAAGAAGAGGAAUAGUUCCUCGGGUUAAAUCUUUGCAAUAUGUUUUGCACAAACAAACCAAAUAUUCAGUGGAUCGAUUCAUAUGGAGACGCAUGAUGUAUUUCUGAUGGCAAACAAAAACAAACUUGAUGCCAUAUAACACCAUCUCUUAAGAACAGACAUAUUCCAAUGAAAGUAUGUUUAUGUUUCAAGGUUUCUUUUCCAUGUGUACCGUGAAAGAGUCUGCUCACAGCCCAAACGAUACACUGAAAAAUCCACGUAAACAGCGUGAACUCCAGAAGCCUUUUCCAAUCACCCAUUCUCUGCAAAGUAUAAAGCUAGCGCGUUCUCCAUGGUUGAGCUGGGUAUGAGAACAACGGAAUUGAAUUCAAUAUCUCUUUGCUUCCUAAUGGCGGAGACAGGUGAAUUUAACGAAGUUUUUAACAUAUACAAAAACAGUCACUCUUGCGAAGCCCAGUAGCCGUAGCUAAAAAAUAGCGAAGAGCUGUAUUGACGGAAUUAACUUUGAUUGGCAGGCUUGCGAGCCGGUGUACAUCACAUUUCCUGCCACGUACUUAUAUGCGGUUAUUAAAAUAGAACCAACUGUAAAUAUAAUGCAAACAUCAACUUGAACAGAGUAAGUAAUCAAUAUCGCGCGUGAGCCCGUGAGCGUGGGAAGAUGAAAACAAAAGUACCCACAAAAAUAACAACAGUACCGAAUUUACGAAACAGAAUAUAAUAAUAAUGACAACAGCAAAGCUAAAUGCGAUAAAACCCACUUGUAGAUACGAUACCAGGCAUGAAAGAGACGAGCGACGUAGCUGUGGUGUAAACAUUAAUAUUAAAUAUUUUAUUUUUUACUACGAACCAAAAAACAACAAUGAAAAACAAAACAAUAAAGCACAAACAAGAAGAGGGAUACAUAAUGUGCUAAAAAGAGCAGGAAAAACAUUUCGACGGGAAUUGAUACCGACAAUGGGCAAAAAGGGUGUCAAAACACAACAAGUAAUAACUGCAUAGUUUUUUUUUAAUAAAGUGCGAAAAAAU